CAGAGAGAUCGGCAGAGAGACCGGAGAGGAGAGCAGGAGGUUUUGUGGAGUAACCAGGACGCUCAGCGGAGGACGGAGUGCGUUAUUCUCGGGAAUAACCGCCACUGCGCUGAUCUCCAACUCCCUGAUCCCCCGUCAGACAUGUCCUCGUCUGGAAAAGACACCAGCGGCGCCCAGCACGCCAACUAUGUGGGACCUUACCGCCUGGAGAAGACGCUGGGGAAAGGACAGACAGGUCUGGUCAAGCUGGGAGUCCACUGUGUCACAUGCCAGAAAGUGGCCAUAAAGAUUGUGAACCGGGAGAAGCUCAGCGAGUCAGUACUAAUGAAGGUGGAACGAGAGAUUGCCAUCCUGAAGCUGAUCGAGCACCCUCACGUCCUGAAGCUGCACGACGUCUACGAGAACAAGAAGUACCUGUACCUGGUGCUGGAGCACGUGUCUGGCGGGGAGCUGUUUGACUACCUGGUGAAGAAGGGCCGGCUGACGCCGAAAGAGGCCCGCAAGUUCUUCAGACAAAUCAUCUCUGCGCUGGACUUCUGCCACAGUCACUCCAUAUGCCACCGCGACCUGAAGCCGGAGAACCUCCUGCUGGAUGAGAAGAACAAUAUCAGGAUAGCGGACUUCGGCAUGGCUUCCCUGCAGGUCGGAGACAGCCUAUUGGAGACCAGCUGCGGAUCUCCACAUUAUGCCUGUCCAGAAGUCAUCAGGGGAGAGAAGUACGAUGGGAGGAGAGCCGACGUGUGGAGCUGUGGAGUGAUUCUCUUUGCCCUGCUCGUGUUAGAGAAGAUCCAGAAACACACGUGGUAUAUCGGCGGCAAGAACGAGCCGGAGCCGGAGCAGCCGGCGCCCCGGAGGGUGGCGAUCCGCAACCUGCCGUCGGCGGACGACGUGGACCCCGACGUCCUGGACAGCAUGCACUCACUGGGCUGCUUCAGGGACAAGAACAAGCUGCUCAAGGACCUGCUCUCCGACGAGGACAACCAGGAGAAGAUGAUCUACUUCCUGCUCCUGGACAGGAAGGAGCGCUACCCGAGCCAGGAGGACCAGAACCUGCCGCCCAGGAACGAGAUCGACCCCCCUAAGAAGCGCGUGGACUCCCCCAUGCUGAACCGGCACGGCAAGCGGCGGCCGGAGAGGAAGAGCAUGGAGGUGCUGAGCGUGACGGACGGUGGGUCCCCGGUGCCCGCCCGGAGGGCCAUCGACAUGACCCAGCACGGACAGAGUAAAUCAGUGUACAGUAAGAGCUUGGAUAUACCUGACGGCAUUACAAAACGCAGCCGAGAGGAAAGGUCAAGAUCUAUCAGUGGAGCCUCCUCUGGACUGUCUACCAGCCCACUCAGUAGCCCGCGGCCCGUCAGAAAGUUCUGCGUCCCCCCCCAGUCCCCGGACCUGUCCCCGUCCCCCACCUCCUCCAGCCCCUUCCUGUCCCCGGACGCCCCCCUCAGCCCCCACCCCGCCACCCCCAACUCCCUCAGUCCCAGCGCCGAGCCGCUCCCCUCCGCCCUCAACAAGACCCAGACCCUCCCCUCCAAGCCCAGCCUGGGCCCCCCAGCCCCUCCCACUCCCCUCCAGGCCGCCCGCUCCAACCCCCUCCCCGAGGAGCCAGACGCCCCCCCUGCCGCCAGGCCCGAGCCCCCCAGCCCCUCCCACUCGCCCUCCCAACCCCCCCCCUCUAUCUCCGUGGCCCCGCCCACCACACCAUCCGUGCCCACCCUGAUCCCCACCACCCCCACCACGCCAACCAUGCCCACCACGCCCAUCACGCCCCGCUCCCCCAUCCGCCUGCACCACUUCCACCCGCUGCCGCCCUCCACCUCCUCCUCCUCCUCCACCUCCUCCCCCGCCGCUGACCAGCCGCCCAAAUCUAUCCCCCUCAUCCAGGUGACCCCCCACCCCUCCCCCCGGGGCAGCCCCCUCCCCACCCCCAAGGGCACGCCGGUGCACACGCCCAAGGACAGCCCGGCGGGCACGCCCACGCCCACGCCCCCGCCCAGCCCGUCCAUCGGGGGCAUGCCCUGGAGGACGCGCCUCAACUCCAUCAAGAACAGCUUCCUGGGCUCGCCGCGCUUCCACCGCAGGAAGCUACAAGUUCCCACACAAGAGGAGAUGUCCAGCCUCACCCCAGAGUCGUCUCCAGAACUCGCCAAAAAGUCCUGGUUUGGGAACUUCAUCAGCCUGGAGAAGGAGGAGCAGAUCUUCAUCGUCAUCAAAGACAAACCUCUGAGCUCCAUCAAGGCUGACAUCGUACACGCCUUCCUCUCUAUCCCCAGCCUGAGCCACAGCGUCAUCUCCCAGACCAGUUUCCGGGCGGAGUACAAGUCUGCAGCGGGGCCGGCCGUCUUCCAGAAGCCCGUCAAGUUCCAGGUGGACAUCAGCUACACCGAGAGCACCGGCGCCACCAAGGAGAACGGCAUCUACUCCGUCAGCUUCACCCUGCUCUCAGGACCCAGCCGGCGUUUUAAGCGGGUGGUGGAGACGAUUCAGAGCCAGUUGUUAAGCACACACGACCAGCCAGCGGUACAGCAGCUGUGCGGUAUCAUCCAGAAAAGCUACUAAGCCCCUCCUACUUCUCCUCCUCCUGCUGCUGCUGCUCCUCCUUCUCCUCCUGCUGCU